AGAAGUGAGCCGUGCUUUGCGAAUCACAGUUUACUCGUGAAAUAAUACGGCGGGCAUGAAACGUCCUUAUCUAUACUUCGUGUACUUUGUUUUAGCCUGCCGGGAGUAAUCAUUCGCUCACUUUUCAGCCAUGGGAGGAACAAUUCAUAUUUUGCAUGCUAAUCUGGGAAGAGUGAAAAAACAGAGGAAAUAUGUUGCUUAGUAGUUUCCCGAGCGAGGUCAAGAAUAUCUUUGCCAUCUCAGGCGCAAGUGUGAAAGUGAUUCAUUUUCUCAUCAUGCAGGAUACAGGGUGUUUCAUGAAAUGAGAAAUCAAAGACUGCUUUAACCAGUGAAAUACUUAAAAACCGAUUUACUCAGGAAUUUUCGCCAAAUCCACUCCAAGCGGUUUCAUCCCGUCAAGAGAACUUUCCACGGGUUUCUGAGUGCGCAUCGUUGGAGACAUUUAUAUAACCACCCACGGGGCCAUUUAUAAAAUGAAACAUUCUGGGACGAAAACUGAGGCAUCAAGAGGAAAACCGUUGCUGCUGCAGCAGACCGCACUUGUCUCCACCCCGACGAUUUUCAUUUCCAGUAUCUCAGAUGGUAUCUGCCUCAUGGAACACAUUUUUAGCCCUGGAACUUUGUGAGCACGAAAAACUUCACCUUCACUUAUUUAGUGGAUCUAAAACCAAAUGUGAUUUUUUGAUGCAUUGAACGACACUUUAAAUUCCAGUGUCAUUUAAAAUGUUCCUAAAAGCUUGAUCCCAUCCGAAAAACAUUCAGGAAUCUCAUCCUUGAUUUAAUUAUUAAUUUUAUGAUUGCGACCUUUCCGCAUUUGCAACAGAAGCCUUACUCUUAGCUUAUAGCCCAUAAUUGUAUGGCAACCAAUUUAAUGCUUUUCAUGUUAGUUAUUAAGUUUUGACUUUUAGGUAGUUAAAAGGAUCACUAAAAUAACCAUUAUAUUGUAACCGAAUUUCACAUUUUAUAAUUUUUACUUUUAACGACAGCUUUCAAUUAUAGGCUGAUUUGGAAAAUCCCUAUGCAAUUAAUCUGAUCCGACGGCUGACUGCCGAACGUCAUGUUAAACUUCAUUCGACCUCAUCACAGCUCUUGCUUUAUCUCAUAGUCCGCUUAAUCCAUAAUUAUAUUACAACCAAUUGCAUGCUAUUCACGUUUAAUAAUAAGUUUUCACUUUUAGGCACUUCAAAGGAUCUCACUAAAAGAACCAUCAUAUCACUACCGAAUUUCAUAGCAUUUACUUUUAAUGACACUUUGAAUUGUUGGUCGAAGAGAAAAAUUACUAUAAAAACUAAUCUGAUCCGACGGCUGAUCGCCGAAUUUCAUGUUCAACUUGAUUCAAUUCCACCACAGUAUCUCAGAACUUUCACUAAAAAUGACACCGAAUAACGUUUUAAUUGUUUUAACCCUCGUGAUAAUAAGAAAUUUACAGCACAUUCAUGCACGAACAUUGUACACAUGGUCUCAAGUCGUCCCGCAGAAUCAACUCAGUGUACGCGCAAUAACGGACAACAACGCUUGUCCUAUCGCUCGUGUUGACAACAAACAAGUCGAGAUGAAAAUCCGGAGUUCGAUGAACAACACAGAAACAGUCUGCGAAUUGAUAGUCGACAGACUCGCUCGCCACAUCACCGUCGACGACAAGAAGAUCGCCACCCUCCCCAAAAACAUCCGGAAAAUCGCCAUCAUCGGCGACACGGGGUGCAGAAUCAAAGGGGAUGAACAGCAGGCCUGCAACUCCGCGGAGGGCUGGCCUUUGCGCAAGAACUUGGAAGCAAUCGCCCUUCACAAACCGGAACUAAUUGUACACGUUGGCGACUAUCUCUACAGACAAACCAAAUGUGUAGAGACGACAAGUUGCGGCAGCUUCUUCGGGUACAACCCAGAGACCUGGUACGCCGAUUGGUUCGACCCGGCGAGAGAUAUCUCACUGCGAGCGCCGUUCAUUUUCAUUCGGGGGAACCACGAGGCGUGUGGGAGGGGCCACGAAGGGUGGUUCAGGUACCUGGACCCUUUCCCCUUCGCCCCUGAAAAUUGCAAACCUUUGGACUUCAGCUGGGCCUUCGAUGUUGGUCCGGUGAAGUUUUUCAUCUUCGAUACGUCAUCCCCAGAGGAGAUCUUCGAGCGCCAGAGGAAGAUCGACGCUUUCAACAAGUUCAACAGCCUGAUCUGCGAUAAACCAACGUGGUUUUUGACCCAUAGGCCGCUUUGGUGCACGACGACGCGGGAACCAGAAGUGGUUGCCCUGAAAAGUCAGGGAAAUCUCACGGAUAUCGAGGAGUUCCAGGAUGAGUUCCCGAAGAACGUCAGUGCGAUACUCUCGGGUCAUUUUCAUAUCGCGCAGAUUUUGUUGAUGGAUGAUUUCCCCGACCAGAUCAUCGUUGGCAACGGUGGAGCGCUCCUGUACGCGCAGGAUCAGAAGCCUAUCUACAAGAAUGUGGAUUUUCACUACCCGAAUGGUAAGAACUACUCCGCGCACGAUAUCAGGAACUUUUUCGGGUUCGGUUUCGCGAUGGCGAGGUUGGACUCGCGUACGUUGACUUUCUUCAAUUCGGAUAACAAGAGGCUGUACUCUGCGGGGCUCACCGAUGACUUCAAACCGCGAUUAAAAUGAAAUAUUGAUAAUUGGAUAUUGAGAUGUGUAUAUUAAUAGUGAGCUGUUAGGGUAAACCGAAAUGAAAUAAGUAAAUUCAAAACCUGAUAAGCAGUAGCGAAGCGUGAA